AUGGAAUACCAGUCUAUCCAAACACCAUCUGAACUUGACAUGAUAUUGGCGGUAAUUGGGAUAGAACCGGUCAUGCAGUCCCCAUCCGUACCCUACCCCGAUGCCCGGUUCUACCCCUCACCCACACAGUCCCCAUCCCUGCCCUACCCCGAGGCCCGGUUCUACCCCUUACCCACACAGUCCCCAUCCCUGACCUACCCCGAUGCCCGGUUCUACCCCUCACCAACACAGUCUCCAUCCUCCCCCUACCCUGAUGCCCGGUUCUACCCCUCACCCACACAGUCCCCAUCCCUGCCCUACCCCGAUACCCGGUUCUACCCCUCACCCACACAGUCCCCCUACCCCGAUAUCCGGUUCUACCCCUCACCCACACAGUUCCGUCCCUGCCCUACCCGUUGCCCGGUUCUGAUCCUCACCCACCAGUCCCCAUCCGUGCCCUACCCCGAUGCCCGGUUCUACCCCUCACCCGCACAGUCUCCGUCCCUCACCUACCGAUGCCCGGUUCUACCCCUCACCCACACAGUCCCCAUCCGUGCCUUACCCGAUGCCCGGCUCUACCCCUCACCCACACAGUCUCCGUCCCUGCCCUACCCGAUGCCCGUCCCCAUCCGUGUCCUACCCCGGUGCCCGGUUCUACCCCUCGCCCACACAGUCCCCAUCCCUGCCCUACCCCGAUGCCCGGUUAUACCCCUCACCCACACAGUCCCCAUCCCUGACCUACCCCGAUACCCGGUUCUACCCCUCACCCACACAUUCUCCAUCCGUGACCUACCCGAUGCCCGGUUCUACCCCUCACCCACACAGUCCCCAUCCGUGCCCUACCCCGAUGCCCGGUUCUACCCCUCACCCACACAGUCCCCAUCCGUGACCUACCCGAUGCCCGGUUCUACCCAUCACCAACACAGUCCCCAUCCGUGCCCUACCCCGAUACCCGGUUCUACCCCUCACCCACACAGUCCCCAUCCGUGA